CCGUCACUCACCGCCAACUAUUGUCAAAGUUUUGACAGCUCGAAAGGAAAAUUUUCAGAAUUGGACACAAAUUUUGCAAAAUAUUGCGUACAAAAGUGCCCCAAAAUGGAGUGAAUUUGUGUGGAAAGUGUGCAGCAGCAGCCCGUGCAACGAUAGACAUUGGAUUUCGGUCGAUCCGUGGCCGCGCCAGUUCACCCGGACGGAUUCCAGUUUUUGCCCUUCUCCAUCUAGAGGCAUAUCAAUUUUUGUUCACAAGCAGCGAAGAGCGAAAGAGUCGUCAUUGGGUUUGGAAGGUGGAAGAGAAGAAAAAACGCAAGAGACAAGAGGCAGCACCAACAAAAACAACAAACGAAACACAAACUGCACAGCUCCACUUUCCUCCGCUGUUGACCUCUCCAGGACGUUUGUGUGGGACUUCUGGAAGUGAAGGAGGUGCCGUCUACUGAAAGUGAAGGGAUUCUCCAGGGAAAUCGUAAGCCACCAAAAAAUCAUCCGCCCCUCAUCGAUCGGCGGAGAUUCUCUCUCCGGCACCGCCCCUUGUAUAGGUCAUGUCAUGUCAACAGGCGUCCCGAGUCCAGGAAGAUCCGUAUGCCUUCACGGAGCCGGCACCACUUCCGGCGAACACAUCCCUCUACAAGCACUCACAUGCGGUCAGUAGUGGCCCGCAGUCCACUGUUAACAUCCCUGCCACAAGUUCACCAACGCCGGUCAUACAGGCGGGAACCAGUUUGCUCACCAGCAGUGGCGCCCACAAUGCCAUACAGCAGCAUCGCACCUCGGGGACAAAUCCCAAGGUGACACCCAUCAAAGUGACGCUCGUACAGCCUUCGGCAGCCCUCAGCAAGUCGAGGCUGAAUGGUAGCACCGCUGCGGCAAUCACCACAACCAGCACCAGCGCCGGUGGGACCGUCUUUCGAACUGUGUCCGUACCGCAAGCGACUACGAUCGUGCAGCGAGCUGCUCAAGCGACCGUCAGUCCGUCGACCCAGCAAGUGAUGGCUACCAUGGCUGGAACCAGUAGCAACAACUUUAACGCUUCGUCAUCCCCAUCAGUAUUCACCAAACCCUUACAGGUUCAAAUAUCUCCCCAACAGGCGGGAAAGUUCUCCCGACGAGUACUUGCCAGCAAAUCUCCGAAUGUGUCGCCGGCAGCAAUCCAGACCGUGCGAAUAGUCAAAAGUCCAAGUCCCCAACAGCCGAUCGGAGGAAGGCCUAGCAUAACGCCUGAUGCUCGAAGAUAUCUCAAUCAUUCCAGCAACAGUCUGCUGGGAACUCCUCCAGCCACGACCACAGUUGCCCCAUCGCCUCCAAUCCAAUCGGUAUCCCCCACAAAGAUCCGUUUGAUCCAACCGCAACCACAGGGAAAGAUCUUCCUCCACACCCCGAACAGUAGCAACAGUUUAGCUGCGGCCACUCACAUUUCCAAUCCUGCUAGCAUAGCGGCCCUACGCAACACUUUAGCCCGCCAGAAUCCCUCGCUAUUGAAUAAGAUCCCAAAUGUACCGAAUUCACCCCAACAACCAAUCCCCAACGCAAACAGUACAGCGCUUCCAACGGUUAGACAGACCCCGGCGACUACAAUCCCAACGUCGAUCAACAUCCGACGAUCGUCACCACCGACAAGCCAUUCAAGUCUUGAAACCGCUACCACGACAGUUCCCCCGCCACCUGCUUCUCCUUCACCGGUACCAACCGUACCAACCACCGUUGCAACAUUAGCUUCUCCCGCAAACCUUCUUGCUGCCUCCAAAUCCGUUCCCCAGAACCCCCAGUUGAUACCAACUCAACGGUCUCGAACUCCCACGUCAAUUCUGAAACCUCCCCAGCCGCCUCCUCCAACUCCACCUCAGGACGACUUCACGAUCCCCUCCUUCAUCAUCCCGAAGAAUGAAAUCAAAGCCGAACCGCAACCUCCUACUCCACCUCCUCCUGCUCCUUCUGCUCCCCCAUUAGCCCCACCUCCACCCAUCGCUCCAACAACCCCUAAAACCCCUCAGGAAAAACCAGCCCCGCCUCUCAGCACCACCACCCCAUCCACGCCGAAAACGCAGGGAAGAGGUCGUCCCUCGCAGGCGGAUCGUGCCACUUCGGCCAAAUCCUCCCAGCAAGGCCCCACCGGAAAGCGAAUGAAGCGAUCGUACAGUCGAUCUUCGCACCACGAAACCCUCGAAAGGAUACUGCCCCAGUCUCAAAUCAAGGAAGAGGUGGACGACUCAAGUGAAACCAAAUCUCAACCCGUCACGGUUCGUAUGUCCAAGUGGAAGCCCCCGGGUGCCAUAGCCAUCCCGAUGAACCGCGAAUGGCACGCUCCGGACUCGUAUGUGUUCGACAUCUGCAGCCCCGGAUCGGUGAACUACAGAGCGCUCACCACGGCACCUUGCGUCCAGGACGUCUGGUUCAACGAAGUCUACGCCAGUUCGGAGAUGGACACCGAUGCGGCCGUCUUCGGGGGAAUCCGGGCCAAGAAACCCAGCGCCAAAAAGGGCGAGGAACAGAACGGUGGUAAACUUCCGCAGUUUAAUCUCGACGCUGGGCAGGGUGGAGCCUUCGAGCUCAAGAAACUGAGCCGAGACGAAAGGCUGGAGCUGAAGCGGGCGCAACUCCGGCGCCAAACGGUGCAAUACUGGAACGGGCAGAAACUGCGAUGCAAUCUGACGGCCAAGCGACGGUUCAAGGAUACGGCCAAGAUGCUGGGCAAGUUGGAUCAUCAGCGGCAGCUGACGUUGGCGAGGAAUGGUGGUGAAGCACAGCCAAAGUGCCAGCGACAGGGAUGUAAUCAGGUGGCUCUCCUGGCAACGACCCACUGCUAUCAGCACAUAACGGACAACACCGAGCAGCGAUUGUUCCAGCAGUGUACGGCCAAGUUCUCCGACAACAGCCAGUGCCGGGUGCCGGUGUUUGACAUCAGCCACGAGCUGAUCCUCUGUCGGGAGCACGCCUGGAAGCACGAUAAUCAUGACAAAAUGUCCGCCGAGGUCAAACUGCUGAAGAAACCGGGAGCCGGAGUCAACGCUGUUGCUAAAAAGAAACCACCGGUGGUCAAGCAGCAACCCCUGGCCACAUCCGCUCGAACAGCUGGUUCAGUUCCGACGGCCGAUAAGACCAAGAAGAAGAGCAAAAAGAAGAAGCUGACACCGCUCCAGCAGCAGGUGGCUCUUCACCAACAACAAUACAAACAACAGUAUUCGAAACCGACAUUACCUCCACCAGCGUACGGGACCGUAUCUGGAGCUUCCGGAACCGUGCAGAUCGUUCCAAAGUCCAACGCUAUCCGGCAAACAGCGGGAAGCAAUCUUCUACAGCAUCACCAGCAGCAGCAGAGGCACCUGCAACAACAGCCUCCCAUUGCACCCGGAGGAGUAGUACAAAUCGUCCCACCGCAAUCCACAAUCAGCCGAAACGUCCACAUUCCGUUGAGCCAGCACCUCCGACAGGCCCAGCAGCUUCAGCAUCAAUCCCUCGGGGGUGCUCCUCCGACUGUCUAUCCGCAUCUGUCCUCGCAGUCGAUCCUGCAGCAGCAGCAGCAGCAACAACAACAACAGCAGCAGCAGCACAUCAUAGGACGGAACCAUGACCUGAUGCUGAACAACUUUGGCGCCCAUCAACAGCAGCAGCAGCAGCAGUCUGUCGGUUUCGACCAGCAGCACGUGCAGCAAAUGUUGAGCGGGGCCACCACCCAGGAUCUGCUGAACAUCUGCGAGAACAGUUCGGCUUACGCCAGCUCCGAGGAUACCGGCGUCGGAGGGUUGUCCGAGUCGGAACUGAUGGCCGCCCAGGACGUGAUAGAGGAAAUACCGUUCGAGAUUGGGAAUCUGAACAACGUCCUGAGUCAGCUGCCAGCCGAUGCAUUUAACGAGUUGCUGUUUAGUGAGCAAGAGCAGAACGGGCCCACGUUCGAGUCGACCCAGGAGGAGGACCAGGACCUGGAGCGAGCGCUGGAAGUGGUCGGCGAGCACGUCAAAUCGCUGGAGGACAUGACGGUGGAGUCGGCCAACUUUUUGGGCGACUUCCUGGACAACGUGGACGACGAGAUGCUGGACGGGUCGGACAUUUGCUCGGACCAGAUGCUCCAGUCGCCCAACACGAACGAUAUCCGCGGGCUGGUGCACACGUGAGGAAAUCCAGCGCCGGAGGAACAUACGGCGGUCGAUGGGUAGGCCCGGCGACGAUACCGGUAAGCGUGUGUUAGAGGAUCUGAAUGUGUUGACCGUUGGGGAUUUAUUUGCUUGCGUUCGAAGGGGAGCAACACCCUCAAUUAUGUAACUAUUCAUGUGUUUAUGUAAGGAAACUUUUGAAAGUGAUAUUUUCGGUUGAGCGAAAUUAAUUUUAAGGGUAUAAACUAUUUUCUCAAAUCCUAAGAGAAGUGUGACAUAGACAAGUACGGGGUGGAAAAAGGAGUCAUGGAUGGAACUUGUGUAUUCCUACUAAUGCUAACAGAGAGUCGAAUUUUUUAUGCUUCAUUUCAUGUGUACGAUUCUGAGCGAAACCGAUUAGGAUAGAAUGUGAUGUACAUGUAGAAACACAAGAGUAACAAAUGGAAACAAUAAUCCUUAUUUAUUCACAACCGCUAUUCUAGGUGAAAGAAUGGGUUUUUUUUCUCAUACAAAAAGCUCCAAAAUAAUAACACAUUUAAUCGAGGAGAAUUGAAUGUUUCAGUUCUCCGCGGAUGUAACGCUUUAGGCUUUAAUACUAUUAUUUGGAGGUCCCCGCCGAAGCGGAGCCUUCGGAUAUCCGGGGUUAGGUGAUGUAGUGAAAACGGACUUUUAUUUGACACUAAAUACGCUUCUUUACAUACAAAACAAACAAAAUCCCGUUCAAUGAAUUCUGUGAAUUUGUUUAUCGCUAUUUUACUGAUAAUACUUGAUAAUAACAACAACUAAAUCCGUUGAUUUGCGCUAUUAUUUUCUGAUUAGAUCCUAAGUUGUACUCACAUACAUCCAUUUAUCAUUUUUUUAUUAUUUUUUUAUAAUUAGGAUACAGGAAUACUAGGUUCGUUUUAAGUUGUAUACAACUAAAAGCAAAGCAACAACAAUAAACUCGCCCAUUCGUUUACAGGCUAACUGAAUAGGGAAGUCGA